GACAGAAGAGGUGGAGAGAGAGGGAAACUUCAAGAAACACACCAGGAGACAAACACAUACACAGACAGCCUCCACCACGUGCUUCUGUUGAUGUCACCGCGUCCCUUCCCCAAAGCGCGGCGCUCGAGUCUCCACCAGCGUGCUAGAGGUGCGUGCAGCUGCUGGAGGAGGAAGGAGGAGGAGGAAGGAGUAGGAGGAGGGGAGAGGAGGAGCCAGACUCGGGUCGCUCCUCCCACCACUUCCUUGGCAGUAAUGAGCAAGACAAGGCCAGCGCGGGUUGUCUAGUGUUGGCUGAGGCGGCCUCUAGUGCGUAUGUGUCUGGCUCAACUCUACACGCAGCCAUGAGCGCGCCUCGUCCCUCGGCCACGGUACUGCAACGCCACCGCCACGCCGCCGCCAUCACCGCCAACAAUGGAGGCCCGAAGCGUGGCUGAGGUGUAAAAAAAAAAAAGAGGAACUGACAAAGUGCGAUUUUUUUUCCAAGCAUGUGGCGACUUCUUCGCUCUCCACCGCGUGUGUGUCACCAUGGAAACUUGCGGCUUGGCUCAAAUCCGCGACUUUCUUUGUGAUACACUGUGAGAAAAACGAGAGAAAGUUGAGGAAAAUUCGAGUUAAGUGCUUUUUUUUUUUUUUUCUGUACCUUAAGGACUGCGGCGUGUUAAUGCGACUCGGGACUGUGGUGGAAGUGCCGGCGUGGACUUCGUGAGGACUGUGUGGGGUGUUACCGGGCCUGAAGGAUGUGACGGCCCCCACGAUGCCACGCCUCCUUCUUCCUCUUCUUCAGGAAACAAAACAUGAGGAGAUUAUUCUUGAUUCUGGCCAUCAAUGUUAUCACGGCUUGCUCCAUAAACUGGCUAUCGCUGCACCGCGGGGGACACGAGAGGUGGGGCCACUCAAGAAGCUGCAGGAACGCUCGUCGGGUUUACGGGUUCACCAGGGGCCAGACGCGCACCUGUCGGGGUCAGGUAGAGGUGAUGCCGCACGUCGCCCACGCCGCAGCCACUACUGUCAACGUCUGCCAAAGGAUAUUCCACACCCGCCGCUGGAACUGCUCCUCUCUCCUCAACGCUCCGGCACUCACACCAGAUCUGACUGAAGGCACGAGGGAGCAGGCGGUGGUGCACGCUCUCAGCUCUGCCGCAGUGACGUGGGCGGUGGCUCGGGCGUGUUCUCUGGGAACGCUGGUGCUGUGCGGGUGUGGACGCGUGCCCCAGGAGCCCCCGAACGGACAUUUCAAGUGGGGCGGCUGCGGGGACAACGUGAGGUUUGGAGCAGCCUUCGCCAAGCACUUCAUCGACGCUAAGGACGGCGUAAGGAGGAAGAUGUCCCGGGAACGAGAACGCCGGGCAACCAGAAGACACAGACGAAGGCAGGAGGAGGAGGAGGAGGAGGAGGACGAGGACGAAGAGGAAGAGGAGGAGGAGGAGGAGGAGGAGGAGAAAGAGGAGGAGGAGACAACUGAUGAAGGAUAUGAAGAUGAAGAAGAGGGAGAAGGAUGGAGUAAUAGCCCACGUCAUAACAGGGAAGUUGAGCCUUUCUCUUUACGUUCAACGACGGAGAGGAACGUGCAACACAAAAACACGAGGAGAAAAUCAAGAAGCAGACGUCGGGAGGAUGAGCAGAGAGCCAAGGCACCGAGGAGGAGGACGAGGGUGGGCAGCAGCAAGAGGAGGAGGAAGAAGGGAUGGAGGAGAAAAAAGAAGGGAAGGAGGAGGCAACAGGAUCCCGCCGUCACGAUUAUGAAUCAGCAUAACAAUAGAGUUGGGAGAAGGGUAGUGAAGUCGUCUCUUUCCACACAGUGCAAGUGUCACGGGGUCUCAGGCUCCUGUAACAUAAAGACUUGCUGGAAGGCGCUACCGAGCUUCACACAGGCUGGGGAGCGGCUGUACCGGCGAUACCUAUCAGGCGUGGAGGUGCGCGCCGUGUCUGCGGGGCCGAGACUCCGCCUUCUCCCCGCCAGCCCAGCCGUGUCCCGUUUCUCCCGCGAUGACCUGAUCUACGUCAAGAAAUCGCCGGACUACUGCCAUCCGGAACCCCGCGUUGGCUCUGUGGGCACCAGAGGAAGACGAUGCAACGCCAGCUCAGAGGGUGUGGAUGGGUGUGGUGUGAUGUGCUGCGGUCGGGGCUUCACCUCCCACACCCACCGCACACAUCACCGCUGUCACUGCAAAUACCACUGGUGCUGCUACGUCACCUGUGAGACCUGUGCAGUGUGGCAUGACGUCCACACCUGUAACUGACCUCACCACACCUUAUCCUCAAUCUCUCAACCUUAAUCCUUGCCUCCAUCUCCUCACCUCUCCUCAUCCCCUCUCUCUCUCUCUCUCUUGCUACUCUUACUGUGUUUUAUUUAUCAGCAGGGACUCCUGAUUAGUCAAAACUAUGUCUUUUUGAAUGCAUAAUUAAUCAUUUGUUGUAUUAUACUGUACAAAUAAAGUUUCUAUAUAGA